CAGCACAGUCCUGCUUGGGAAUGCCUUUAUUUUUUUUCCUUUCCUUCCAUUAGGGUGAUGUGCACUGUUCCCUGCCCUAGGGAUACUCCCAGGCUUCACAACUCUGUCAUUCUUUCUGCUUGGCUUUUCAUUUCAUGAGAUCUCAGUGCCUUUCAGUACCACUGAGAAAUGCUGGAUGGAUAGAGGCUUAGAUUGUGUUCCCUUCCUCCUCAGGAAAAUGUGUUUUCUAACAGAUUUAGUUGAAAAAUUUAGAUGCUUCAGGGCUGGGGAUUUAGUUCAGUGGCAUAAGCACUUGCCUGGCAAGUAUGAGGUCCUGAGUUCAAUCCCCAGUACCUAAAAAAUAAAAUUAUAAAAAACUUAGAUGUUUCUAUAGCAUAUUCACCAUGUGUAUGUACUGUUUCUACUAUUGUUUAUCUCUCUUUUUUCUUCUUCUCUAAAUUCACAUUAUUAGUUCCACAAAUAUACUUUACAAGGAAAAUUAUUAUGUCUCUUACUAUAGCAAGCACCGUGUUUGCCCUGGAUUCUCUGGAAGGCACAGCUAGAGACACAGACCUAAAUGAUACUGUUUAUUUGGCAACUCGAGAUCAGUAAUGGAGGACAAAGAAUGAGAGUGGGAAGGAGAGAGAGUUGGUACAAGACACCUUACCGUGCUGCAGCAGUGGGUGCCUGACCCCUCGGAUUCCAGGGAGCCCCUUGGAUGUCUCCGAAUGCUCCACGAGGGUGAUACAAUGGGGAAGUAGUUAUCUACCCACUUCCAGCCAGCUUUGCUCCAGGCCAUCAGCACUGGCUUCCCUGAAUUUCUGAGUUCCAACUGCUUGCACGCAGAACUUCCAAGGGUCAAGGCAACCAAAUAGCUCUGGGUGGAACCAGAGGAGGACAAGAGAGUUACAGGUGCAGUGAGGGGCCGUCCAGUUCUUCCUGUGCUAGAAGGUACACUGGCCCGAAGGCUCACCUGCUUGUCUGUGCUCCCAUCAAAUCUCCAUGCAGGCUGGUGGGCUGGGUGGAAAGAGGGGUGAUGGAGGGAUGAAAUCUUUCCCUUUGAGUGCUGUCAUCGAGCUCACCCAAAGCGCACUCAACUGCUGCUUCUGGAAAGAUGGCAGGAAGGGGCUGGUUGUGCUGUUAAGGGUGCUCUAGGACCUAAGGGUGCUCUAAAGCAUCCACUACAUAUACAGUACAUGGCUUCCUCACACAGUUGCCUGCCAGAGACUCCAAAGGAAUAACAAUGGCUAUAAAAACAAAUUUUAUUGUUUUGUAUUAACUUAUUGUGUGUGAAGAUAUGGACAACUAUUUCAAAGAAAACAAAUGUUAUGGUAGCCACUGUUGAUUUCCCACUGUCUUGUCUUGAAGUUCUGUGUUGUUUCGCUCUGAUCUAUUUUCUUCUGUUUUGUUUCAGUUUGCUUUGUUUCAUUUUAUUCUUUUUAAAGCAAAAAAAAAAAUGUGAAAGCUGGCAUCAUGGCACAUGCAGGGUGGUGGUAGGAAUCCAAUGCUACCCAGCAGGCUAUAGCAAGAGGACCACAAGUCUGGGGUUAAUCUGGGCAACUAAGACCCUGUCUCAAAAUAAAAACAAUGUAAAGAACUGAAAAUGUAACGCUGAGCUUUAUAAGUUCAGUAACCGGCACCAAACAAGGUGAACAAACAAAAAUCUGAGGCCAGCACCAACAGGUAGCCCAUAAAACCCACACUCACUGCCAGGCAGAGCUGGUGGGCCCCUCCCUCUGCUGGGCGCCUUUUCUCCUUGCCUCUCCCAAGUGCCACUGCACCCAGCACCUUUGUUCCUUAGGGCAGUGGUAAAGAGGACUUGCUGUGACUUGCCCGGGCCACACCCUCAGAGGAGGUGACAGAGGGCUCAGAGCAGAGAGCUUCCUCAACCCUGACAGCAUUCUACAGGGCCCUGAAAUUGACGGAAAUGUUUCUGAGUGAACUCAAAUCCUCAAAUCCAAAGUAAAGGGGAAGUAAGAAGAGAGAAAUGCUACCUCUCUGCUGAAUUACUUGUCAUUAGUCUGCAGACAGCAAGAAGAGAACAUCCCCAAAGCGGAGCAUCAGCCUCUGAUUUUUAACAUAAAAGAAAAAGGAGGUUUUCUUCCAAAAACUGUGAAAAAUAAAUCCACAACCUUUGGAGAUCCAGGAAGACUAUCCAAUCUCUCCUCGGGGCAUUUGGCAACGAGCACCGGAGAAUCUCCUAUGGGGAACAACUGAAUCGUCUAUAUCUGCCUUGAGUCGCCAGGCCUCUCUGCUGUGUGGGAUCCGUUCAUGUUCCCAGGAGACGCCCCAGCCCUUCUUGGCUCUAAAUUAUUGGCUUCCAUUUUCCAUCCUGAGCUUCGGCCAACCAUGGGUCACACACUGAAGCAGGGAACACCUCGCCUCAUGCUCUCCUGGCUGCUGGUGCUGGCUGGUAUUGUGUGCUUGGCUUCAGGCAGGCAGGUGACCAAGUCAUUGAGAGAAGCAGUGAUGCUGUCCUGUGAAUACAACAUUUCUGUUAAUGAGCUGGACAGAGCUCGAGUCUACUGGCAAAAGGAUAAACAAGUGGUGCUGAGUAUCGUAUCUGGGAAAAUAGACGUGUGGAGUGAAUACAAAAACCGGACCUUUCUUGACAUUCCUAAUAAGCUUUCACUGGUGAUUCUGACCCUGCGCCUGUCAGACAGGGGUGUGUACACCUGUGUCGUUCAGAAGUCUGAGAAAAGAGUAUUCAAAGUACAACACUUGUCUUCAAUCACGCUCUCCGUCAAAGCUGAUUUUCCUCCCCCUAGUAUAACUGACCUUGGAAAUACAUCUACGGACAUUAAAAGGAUAUUAUGCUUAACUUCUGGAGGUUUUCCUAAGCCUCACCUCUCCUGGCUGGAAAAUGGAGAAGAACUAAAUACUGCCUACACGAUGGUUUCCCAGGACCGCCAGACAGAGCUGUUCACAGUCAACAGCAGCCUGGAUUUCAACACAACGAGCAGCCACGUGUUCAAGUGUCUGGUCAAAUAUGGAGACUAAGCAGUGUCAGAGACAUUCAUCUGGCAGAGACCCCAGCCACCAAAUCCUGAUACUCCUGGUCAUCAGUUCCCAGUGUGGAUCAUUUUGUUAAUUUCCAUAUGCAGUGUGGUUUCUGCCCUCGUCCUAGGGGUCCUGGCCUGGAAAGGGUUUGCCCCAGGAUGGAGAAACAGAAGCAAUCAGGCAAGAGAGCAAAUGAUGAUCUACUGUGCACCUCAGAAGCAGCAAGCUGAGUAGGAUGUUGAAGGUCCCACCUGCUUCUGUGGGACUGACUUCUUCUAGAAAUGUCUUCAGGUGGCCAGGACGACGCUGCCUAUGCUCUGGGACAAAACUCUUCCCUUCCAUGGUUCUGCAGAAACCAACUACAGGAAUGCUGCAUGGAUGUUACAGUAGCUCUGGUUACCUUGAUGGCAGGACUUUGGAAGAAUUCAUGUUCAGAAGGGAGAAUACUAAGGCCCAGGAAAAGGGCCUGUGUUGUGAAGGCCAGAGCCUGAACCUAGACUUUCUUCAGUAAACUAUACACAGAAGACAAAUUUCUUUGAGAAAUAACAGGAACAGUCCUUUUCAUCCCCUACUCUAGUAUGGUUGGAGAGGCAGAGUUUAAAUAAAUCUUCAGUCUUUGGUUCAUAUUGGACUGAUAUGAAAUACUUAUGAGAAAGUUCUCAUUUAAGAUAAUUUUUUACUAGGUAGUAAGUUAUCUUCAGAAACAAUUGAUGAUGGCCUUCCUUAGACCUCUUCCAUAUUUCUAGAGCCUCUGACAUCAGCUGAGAAUGGAAAAGAAGAACCGGCCAACUGCUGUUCCUAUGUUAUCCCCCAUUCUUUCUCUGAAGAGGCCUUUUGAAAACAGUGGAGCAGGCAUGGUCCCAACAGAAACCGGGCCAAUGAAUUAUGCUCAUCUGAAAACGUGUGGUUGUACAGGAAGGGGUGACCAAGUAGUAAUUAAAAUAAAUUAUUACUUAUUACAUUUGAUAAAUGUGUUAGUUCUACUUUUUAAAAGUUGUAUUUUACUUUUAUUAUUUUGAUAUUUUGUGAUAUGAAUAAACUUAUUUGUAAAAGCUA